AUGGGCAAGAAGGGCGAGCGGGGAGCGAAGGACAAGAGCGCCGCGCAGGAGGAGGAGGCGCGCAUCGCGGCGCGCAGGGCCGAGCACGGAGAAGAGGAGUACGUGUGCAGCGGCGCCCUGGAGGUGGACUUCCCGGAGCUUUGCGCGCGCGCCGGGCUGCAGGAGGCCCCCCGCGUGGUCGCCCGGCCCCACCCGCCCGCCGGAGCCUCCCCGGAGGAGGCGGAGGGCGCGGCGGGCCCGGCGGGGGAGCAGCGGGAGGCGCUGUCGGCGCUGGCCCAGAUCCAGGCCAAGUACGCCUACUUCCGGCCCUGCGUGCAGGUGGAGCUGGAGCACGAGGACCCCAAGAGCGCCCGCGAGGUCUUCAUCCGCAGUUGGAAGAUCGAGGAGAAGAUGCUGGGGGUCCUGGCCAAGAGCCUGCCGGCCCUCGCCCACCUCCAGGCCCUGCACCUCUGGAAGGUCGGCCUGAGCGACCUUGCCUUCGGCUCCCUGCUGCCCGUGCUGGCCGCCUGCGGCAACCUCAAGACCUUCGUCUUGGAAGGGAACCCGCUGCCCGAGCGCUCCUUCUACAAGCUGCUUUCGGAGGAGAGCAGCUUGGCCCACCUCUCCCUGCGCAACAACUGCAUUGAUGACCAGGCGGUGCUGCUGAUCGGCCAGGGACUCUCCUCGCUCCGCAGCUCCAACAAGAACCUGGUCUCCAUCAACCUCAGCUACAACCACAUCACCGAUGCGGGCGCCACCCACCUCGCCAACGGCCUGCGCCUCAACCGGUCCCUGCUGUCUUUGUCGUUGGCGCAUAACCAGAUUGGGGACGAGGGUGCCAUGAAGCUGGCCGAGGUGCUCGGCCCCUUCGCCCUCACCCACACGGAGGUGGUGGAGAGGCGGCGGUUGCUGCUGGAGAAGGAGGCCCAGGAGAGAGGCCGCCUGCCCCCGAGACACUCAGAGCUGAAGAGCGACCGUCCCACCAGCCACGCCAGCAGCACCACCAUCGACAAGCUGCAGGCUGCCAAGGGCGCCAAGGCCGUCAAGAAGAAGGAACCCACCAAAAAGGAGGAAAAGGGCCCAGUGGGCGGAGCAGCUCCCGCACAGCCACCGGCAGCACCAGCGGCCCAGGCCAAGAAGGAGGACGCCAAGCAGUCCAAGAAAGCUGCCCCCCCCCUUGAUCCCAAAGCGAAGUGGGCCAAGGGGGUGAAGCUGGGCUCGAAGGACAAGCGGUCCCAGGUCCCGGAAGUGGAGCAAAUCCUGGAGCCCACCGAGAUGAUGAACCCCCUGCUGGAACCAGCCGAGCACCGCGAGGGGCAGGUCUUCCUUCAGGGAAACCGCGUCCUGAUCUACCUGAACCUCAUGCGAAACCGCAUCUCGGAGAAUGGCUUGAAGGCCUUCCUGGCCACAGUGGAGUACCAGGUCAGCCGGAUCCUUCCUGGGGGCAAGGGGCCGACCGGCCUGCUGCAUCUCACCCUGGCGAAAAACCUCUUCCCGGCCGAGAGCAAGACCUACGCCAGGAUCCAGGAGCUCAUGGGGCCCCGAGACCCCCUCCCCAGGGCCUCCAGGCCAGAGGAGGAGCUGCUCGCCGCUGCCCAGUAAACCGAGCCAACUUCUCCCCGAGGAUCCUGCACCCAGAAGCUCUAGGCCCAACCUCCCGGGGGGAGCCUCCAGGACUGGCACCGGAGGGCAGACCAGCCCCCUCACUCAAAGGCUCUCCCCCCCCCACCCCCAAGGCUGCAAGGACGGAGCCCGGCCUUCCGCCCAUUAAAAGCCCCACGAGGGACCCUGGAGUUUUUCUUCUGUGUUAAGACCCUGCCAACGCUGGUGGGACCACCCCAGCCACCUGCACCCCCGUCCUCUCCGGCUGGCUGGCCCAGGUCCAGGGGUCUCCACAGCCCACCUCUCUGCUUUUCAACCCAAAGACUU